CGCUCAGUUUGAAAACCAAACUCGAGGAAAACGGUCGAAAAGCGGUCGAGGCGGUCGAUUGGGAAACCACCUCGGAACGGUCUGGUCGCGUGAAAAACUGAAAAAGCCGGCAAAACGCAGUUGCGGCAAAACUGAUAACUGAGUCGAAGAAAGCAAGUGUUGUGAUUGAGAAAAGCGGUGGCCAAACGAGCUGGCCAGUAACCAAUAACCAUUUGCCAUCAGCCGUCGAGGAGGGGGAAUCGUGAUAACAAAGCGGAGACGAAAGAGCAGGCCCAACCGGCAGCAAUUUGUUAAUUUCAAGCGUCGUGUGUGUUCCUCUCCUGGCCACGGUAAUUUACAAGCACUUCAAUUUGCAUUCUGAGGAUACACUUUGGGCACAUAGUUUGGCAAAAUCGAGGAACAGCAAGGUCGUUGGGGUCAAAUGUUGUGAUGCAAGUGACAAAAUCGAAAUUGGAGUAAAUAAGAAGCGAGUAUGUAAUUUUUUGAGCAUCUUCGCGUCGCGUAACGGUAAAUCCCUCGGCCUGCGUGUCUCUGUGUGCGUGUUUGAGUGUGCGUUUUUCGGUUUUGUUUUCGUCUCCUCCUUGCCGUCCUCCUUUACCACCUUCAAUUGCCAUCUCCUAAUUUCCUCUGCGAAGCGAAGGGAGAAGAACGAGAGCCAAAAAUUUCGAAGACCAAAACAUUGUUAACUUCAUUUUAAUACCUGACAAAAUCUGUAUAAACUAAGGACACUGGCUUUUAAAAAUGACAUGCUGUUAAUAUCUAUCAAGGAGCCAUGCGGAGUAGCGGCGGCGCCAAACAAAAUGUGAGGAUAAACCAGCGCUGGAGCCUUCUGGGAUUAUGCUAAAAAUGCUCAAAGUGCGAUAUAAAUUUUUAUGAGUGUACGCGUUGAAUUUUUACGACUGUCUGGGGGCGGGGGAAGCACCAACAAAAAUUAGAGAAAAUGCUCCAGGGAGGACGAUUUAAAACAAUACAAUAGCUUAAAGUGGCAACGGAAAUUGCAUGCAAGCAGGAGGCGUGGCACUGAACGCCCCCCGGAGCACGUGACGCGCGCACACACCAGUACGGCGAAACUAAUAGACGCCAUUUUGUAACAGUAAUUGGCAGGGCACACGUAAGCAGCACAGCUCCUUACGCCAAGGAACCACCCCAAGGAUACUAACCAGAAAUCACCGGGAAACACCAUACACACUCUCACCUCAUCACCAUCAUGGCCGUUAGCAACAUUGUCUGCGAGUGGCUAAGAGCUUUGGGCCUGGCCCAGUACGCCGAGAGCUUCCUGGACAAUGGCUACGACGACCUGGAGAUCUGCAAGCAGGUCGGCGAUCCCGACCUGGACGCCAUCGGCGUCGAGAACCCUGCCCAUCGACACAAGCUGCUCAAGAGCAUACGAUCGCUGAGGGAGAAGGGCGCUGCAUCCGUCUACUUUAUGCUCAACGAUCCCAACUCGCUCUCGGGCAGCAUGGAGAUCCUCUGCGAAACACCGCCCAGCAACGAACUGGAGCUCGUCCUGCGGGAGCAGCUGGAAACGGACGGAGUCCGUCUCACGGCGCACCCAUACUCAACACCGGAUGGACAACGCGGCCAUUUAGAGGGCCUGGCAUCCGUCUAUUGCGAGCUGCUAAUGGCUCCCUUCGGGGACAUUUUGGCGGCUCUCGAGCAGGCGCGCCAGGCGGCCUGGGCGGAGCGCAGUCCGCUGCACAGUGCCGCCCAGUUAGGGGGCGGCGGCGGAGGAGUAGGCGGAGGCGGUGGGGCUGGCGGCAGCACGGGCAGCGGCAGCGGCGGUGCGGCCAGCGGUGGCAGCGGCGGGAGCAGCGGCGUCCUGCACCACCGCCAGCAGCACGGCCACCGCGGCCACUCGAUGCACGGCGCCGGUCUGCCCAAUAGUCAUAGCCAGCCCAUUUAUGUGCCCGGAAAGUACUCGCCCUCGAGUUGCUUGUCGGACAAGGAGGAGGAUGAGAUCUAUGGGUUCGGCUAUGGCGUCUUUGCACCCCGCGUGGCCAGGGGCGGGUUAACGCAGCAGCAGCAGCUGUUGCAGCAGCAGACGCUGCAGACGCAGCAGAGCAUACAGCAGCAGCAGCAGCAGAUGCAGAUGCAACAGCAGCAGCAGCAGUUACCACUUGUGCAGGGCCAGCAACAGGCGGGAAAUGGACCCCAUCAGCACCAGACUCUGCCGUCCAAUGUCGCCCAUCUGAACUUUGUGCAGCAAAACUGCCUGAGUCCGCGCUCUGCUUAUUUCUAUGAAUUUCCACCGACAGCAGAGGGUCGCGAGACAAAGAAACGCACCACUCUGGCCCGAUUGCUGAAAGGCUUGAAGACUGUCAAUCGACGGGAUCGGAACAAUCAACAGAAUGGAGCCCAGGCCAGGGCGGCCAACGAUCGUCUGAGGCACUUUCAAAUGAUAAACGGCGGCGCCGGCGGACAGCAGCACAGUUUCGAGGAGACAAUCCACAGGCUGAAAGUACAAGAGGCCAUGCGGAAAAAGGAAAAAUUUCAACGUGAACACGAGGAGAUCCUGCGUGACAUUCGACAAGGACUGUUGCAAAUGAGUCGCGGCGAAGGACGCAUGGACGAUACGUACAUGUACGACGAGGCGUUGAGGACGGGCGGCGGCAUGGGCAUCGCCGGCCUGGGCAUGCCCAUCGGUCUGGCCGGCAACGGAGGCGGUGGGGGAGCUGCCCACUAUGCGGUGAGUGCCCUGCAUCAUCAAGGUCAUUGGUACGACGAGCCGCCCUACGAGAGCGAUCCCGAUGACUUUCUCAUGGCCGGGCUCAACUGCGGUCCAGCUGCCACUAUACAGGGUGGCCGGGUGCGCUUCUCGAACAACCGCGAGAGCACGGGCGUAAUUUCAUUAAGAUCCGCCGGAGAUAUUUCAUUGCCGCAACGUGGACCGCCGCGUAGAGGUCUUAUCGUGCCGCAGCAGCCGCCAAAUCCACCGACAAUAAUACCCUUAACGCACGCCAGAUCUCAUGAUCGCGAGAGCGGCGACUACGCGGGCUCCAUCUCAGACCUUCAAAGCGUUACCUCCAGGCUCAGUGCGGUGUCGAUUGGCACCAACAACUGCACGGCCCGCUACAGAACCCUGAGCGGCGGAAUCGGGGAAUCGCCGUCGUUGUCGCCCAGCCCAUCGUCGGAUUACGAGGACAUCGGGGUGACCCGGGGUCACGGAUGCCUGCCGCCCAGCCUGCUGGCCGCGAAGGCCAAAAAGAACGGACUGCCCCACGGCAAGGCGAACACCAUUUGCCAAAAGGCCACGGUGCAUCAUUCGGGCGAGAUGCGUAGCUCGGCAAAGGAAAUUGGCGCAUUUAAUGAGAAUGGACGAAACUUUGUUGCCACAAAGGAUACGUCGAGGGAUUUCAGCAAUUCCCAAGAUAAUACCGACCGUGGCAGCAUGAGCGAUCAGGCGUUCGCCUGCUCGGCCAGCUCCGUGGAAAGUUUGCCCAGUGCUUCCGGUUCGAGCACCCAGGCUCUGGUUCGUCCUGGCAGUCCGCACAGCUCGAUUUCGGCCGAGGAUCGCACCUCGAUGGCCAGCUGCAUCUGCAAGGCCAAGGCUCUGGUGGACAGCCUGCCCAAUCCCUACGACAAGGAGGCGCUUAAAUUCAAGAAGGGCGAGCUUAUUGAUGUGCUGUCGAUGAACGCCUCGGGCAUCUGGAAAGGACGAUGCCACGGCCGCGUGGGCCACUUCAAGUUCAUCAACGUGGAGGUGCUGCCGGAGCAGCGGAUGAAGAACUCCAGCAGCAAGACCCUCGCACCCGGCUCCCGCCUGGCCAAUCCCGGCAACGGCAGCCACAACGGCGGACCCUGCUCCGUGGAGGACCUGCUCAUUCGCAUCGGACUCAAGGAGUACACCUCCGUGUUCGUGCUCAACGGCUACGAGGACCUGGAGCUCUUCAAGGAACUGGAACCCGCCGACCUGGACUACCUGGGCAUCCUCAACCAGGAGCAUCGUGCCAAGCUGCUGACGGCUGUGCAGCUGCUGCAUGACAUUGAAUCUACAAAUUUCGCCCGCACAGGCUCCGACGUGGAUAUAGCCGGUUCCAGCUCGGAAAACGACGAGGCCCGCCUGAACAACAUCAACAUCAAGCACGGAGCUUCGCCCUUUGGACGGCGGCACUUUCCCCGCGACUCCGGGUGCUACGAGGGAUCGCCGCUGCCCAGCUCGCAGACACCCACGCAGGCGGUGAACUCGACGGACGAGUCGAACAGCCUGGAUGACGUGGUGACCAAGUGCUCCAGCGAGAUCAUGAAGCGUGUGGAGAGCGCCCGCCGCUGCAAGGACAAUCCGUUCAAGGCCACGCUGCCGGGCGGAGGACGCCUGGGCAAGAAGUCCUUUCUCGGCGGCAACGGCCUUAUGGCGGACGAUACGCUCACGCGUGGAGGGCUUAGCGAGAAGUCGAGCGAUUCGGGGGUCAGCAGCAGUUCGCUAUCGUCGGGUCCGCUGAAGAGCAGCACUUAACAUUUGCCCACCAUACUGGCCCACGAGUUGCUGCUGGGCGUGGGCUCGGGCAUGGGUUUGGGCAUGGGCCUUGGCCAAAUGGGCCACGGCACUACAGGAACCCUGACGCCCCAUGGAGUGGCCACCGCCACCUCGCCCACAGCCCACUCGGCGCCGCUGGGAAACAUCUGCAACACGCUGCCGCAUGCGCCGAGCUCCUCCAGUGGCGGGGUGUCAUCCUCCAUGGCCAGCAAUCUGCCACUGAACCGGAAUCUGGUGAUGCUGCGCAAUCACCUGCGAAAGAAUACGGGCGGCAGCAGCAUCGCCGGAAACGGCGGCGCAGGAUGCUCGUCCGGUGUGGGAGUGCAGCUGCUGCAGGAUCAGGACGACCGACUGGAGGAUCAAUAACCCAUUUACUACAUCAAGUUCUUAGUUUAGUCUCCCGUUGAGUUAGGUGUAUUUCAAUUGCUGUGAUUCGAUAGUGAAAACAAAAGGCCAACACGCGUCUUUCAGUUCAAAUGUAUAGUAUGUAUAGAGAGAGAUAGACAGACAGUUAGGGAAAGAGACAGAGAGAGAGAUGGGGAGAGGCAGUAGGCAGAGGUAGUCAGAGUCAGUCAAUCCUUCCUCCGAUAAUGUUGGCAUUUACACAAAUAUUUAACACCUAUGUAUACACAUAUAAAUACAGACUUUACAGACUUAUAUAUACAUACACAUCUGCAGAAAAUGAGAAAUUUUAUAUACUUAGACGUAACAGAAGCGUUUGAAAUGUUUUGACUAUUUUUAGUUAGCCUCAAGCUGUGUAUUGAAUGAGACUUGUAUGAUUUGCCAUUUGUUUACUGUUUAAUUGCUUUGUGUAAGCAUAUUUCUCAACGUGAUAUUGUGAAACGUCCAACUUGAAUUGCAUUUUACAUAGAUUCUUUCCAACGUUUUAAUAACACACACACAUAGAAGUUGAUUCCUAUUUUAAGGCACAAGUCUGAGUGCAAGCAAUAGACCAAUUCAAUUUUAACAAGCGAGAAAAACAAAAUAUUUAUACACGAGAAAAUACAAACGUAGGAAGAACAGAACACCAACUGCCAUUCGAAACUAAUUUUAAUUUGUUAAACUCGUACAUAUAAGGACAAUGUAAAGGGAACGAAUGCAUCGUGCAAAUCCGUCAGAAACUUGUAAAAAUUAAUGCCGAAAAUUGCCAAAUCGCGCAAAAAAGUAAUGUACGCUAAGCAAUAUUUUCAAAUCGUAGCGAGUCGGGUCCGGAUCACUUGUACAUAUAUAGGAUUGCGAUCCAGUUAGGAUUUAUUAUGCCACUUAUAGAAGAUAUCAAAACGUAUCCACUAUGAGCGAUUUAGCGAUAAUCAAAAGCAGACAAUGAAAUUAGUCAGGCAGCGCAAAUGUUUUUAAUCAGUUUCCAGCAAUUAGUUAAAUAAAUGAACGAGUAUUUAUCACGGCACAACAACUACGAAUAACAUAUUAAAGUUUAAACUGAUAAAAUACACAUUAAAGAAUAGCAUAACCUAGCGUAGAGCAUACGAUUCUAAUUUAGCAAUUGACUAAAUGUAAAUGAGUUUAUUUGGAGAACGCUUUGACUUCUACUCAGAACGUAAUUAAACCUGAACAUAUUUUGUGAACAUAAGAUAUAUCGAUAUUCGUAUUGUAACUCAAUUAACUUUAAUCGCAAGUAAAUUAAAUCAAAUUUAAACAACAAACAAAUCGCACGUGUUACAGCCAGACGAAGAGAAGGUUAAAGCCAGAUAUAUAACAAGAGUAUGUGAAAUACUGAAUUAUAGGCAUUUUUUAAAUUAACUAUCCCAAAUUACGUUUAAGUGUUUCAACUGUAAAUUGUAUCAAAGUCAACAAAGGAAUAUUUAUAUAUUUAAAAAGUCGAAGUGAGAAGCAAACACAAAACGAACACAUCCACACAGCAUGUGCUGCUAGCAUUUUCUAAUUAUCACUGUAAAAUGAUGUAAUUUAAAGACAGAAUAUAUAAGCAAUAUUAAAGUUUAACCUAACAAGGAGCCACAAAAUUGAUCAUUAAGUCAACACAUUACAAUUGCAAAACAAAAACAGUAAAAUUCCAAUACACAAAGUAAAACGAGAGCGCAAAGUAAAGUAAUCAGAGUUCAGUAAAUUUUAGAAGAAAUUUUCAAGAAAACCAAAAGCGAGAUUGCGAAGGAGCGAUGAUUCAUGUUUAAGCAUAAAUCAAAGUAAAAUUCUUUAAAUAAAAGUGAACAUAUCUAAAAAGUAAAGCAUA